UUUCUUUCUUUUUUCAUUUUUUGUUUGCUUGCCAACCUUUCCAACCCCGUCUGGCCGAUCUCGCUGCCGAGCGCCCCAGGCCCCAGCCCCCUCGCUCCGGCGCUCGUCUUCCUCCUCGCGCGAGCGCCGCCACCCCUCCCUCCCCAUCCCGCUGCCGGGCGCCGGAACCCCCUAUCUCGUCUUCCUCCUCGCGCGAGCGACUCCACCGCAGGUGCAUCAUGAGGUAGCAACCAAUGAAGCAAUGAUUCUUGCUUCCGACCUGCUGAACUUAAUUACCACCUCGUUGCAUUCGCCAGAUCGAUGUUACCCAGCGGGCAUCCUUCAGGCCCCUCAUACUCCUCCAAGUCUGUGGCUGGGGCUGCUGUUGGUGCUGAUCCAGUGACGUUUGCCGCUGACACGCCCUCGCUGGAGUGCCAAGAUCACGCAGAUCUUAUCCCACCGUGCCCCAAGUUCUCCAUAAGAGAUUAUGUUUUGGAUUCGAGGAGCAAAGGCAUCAAGAGAAGUUGGCCUUUCCAUCCAGAGUCAUUGGAGCUUUGCUUGAAUUGUGAUGUUAAGGAUGUACUGCCUCCAUUUGAGCCUCCUGGUUUGAUUCGAUCAAGGUUUUCGUAUACUUGCAUACACUUUGAGCAAUCUGCUGUGUGCUCAGAAGUCGACGCUUCUGCUGGUUUAGUGAAGAUUAAAGAUGCAAGUUCUUCACAUGUGAAUACAACUGCUAUCAACUUCCAGUCAUGUCGAUCGGUAGACGAGUCACUUGGUCUAUCUCAAUACACACCAAAGGAGGAGGGGAAGACUGCUACUGAAGAAGGUAGAAAUACAAAUGAACCAAGCCAUACUACUGAGUUUAUACAAGCAGAUCAGCAAGAUAAAUUUUGCACCAAAGCAAUGCGACGAAUAGGGGUUGCCGUACCCUCUUGUCGGUUGAAAAAUCUUGGCUCAUCACAUGAGACUUCAGAAAAGAAGUGCAACUUGAUAGUCAGGUCAGGUUCUGUGACAAAUAUUCGUCAGAGAAAAGAUGUAUCCUCCAACUCUAGCUCAGUUUCUGACCCAAAGGCUUGGAAAACCUGUCCUGUUUGUAAAGUGUUUUCUUCCACAUCGAACACCACUUUGAAUGCACACAUAGAUCAGUGCCUUUAUGCGGAGUCUAAUACUGAGCUAGUAGUAGAGACAGUUAUUGUGAAGCCAAAAGUGAAGCAGAGGAAGAAGCAAUUGAUGGUGGAAAUUUACAAGACAGCCCUCCCGUACACUCUCGAAGACCUUGAUCGGAGGAAUGGGACUAACUGGGCUAUUGAAUGGUCUUUGCGAACCUCUAACAAGGAGGUUUGCACUAAGAAACGAAGCCCGGAAGUGGUGCCAUUUGAGGCAAGAGAUGAUGAAAGAGAUCGAGAUGUCUAUGUUGAUUCAAAUGGCAUAAAAAUCAGAAUUUUAUCCAAGUGUAGUGAUGCACCUUUGGUAUUCAGGGAUAAACUUAGUUUAAAGAAAGUUGCAAAGCACGAGACUGGAAAGAGUAUAUCGAUGACCAAGACGUUCUUGGAAUCUAAAACUUUUAGGAAUGAAAAGUUCAAGGUACAUGGAAAGAAGUUCAACAGACUAAACCAUUUUAAUUCCCAGGAUCAAGCAUACCCAGAUGGAGAUAUGCACGAUUACACCUCUGAGGAGGAACCUGCCAUGCAUACAAGGAAACCUGCUGAAAGCACCAGUUGUGGUGGUUUGGAAACUAUAAAGCAACGGGUGUGCUCUAAACGUGUGGAUAUUGCUAAGAAUUUUAGCAGAAAGCUUGAUAGUAAAGCAUCAGAUAGUACACAGGCAUUUUCUCCAAAGUCACCAGAAGAGAUGGCCAUCACUUUGGAAGCUAGUGAUGAUGAUCGGGGAAAUGGUUCUUCGAAAUUACUCGGAUCAAUUCCUAGAUGGUCAUCAAAUAACCUCUCAUCCAGCAGUGUUAUGCCAAAAGUACCUAGAUCAGCUGCUGCUCUUGCAAAGCGGAAAAUUAAGGAGAUUGGAAGAAGAGAAGCUUAUACGUCUGACAAUUAUGAUAAAGCGAGGAAUUCCACCUUGCUGAAAAGCUCUGGAGUUCAUCGUCUUUCCAUCUCCAAUACAAGACCGAGUUAUGACCCAAAUAGGGUAGCCUCUACUUCCAAGGUGUUACGGAAGCACAGAUCUGUACCGAGGGCUCGCAAGCGUGAAUUUUCACCAUUUAUUAGUGGGUUAGUUCAUGGUUUUGGUCAACAGCAUGAACUUGAUCACAGACAUGUCAAUAAGAAGUUUGGUGUAACUAAUAAUGACACCCCUAAGAAGGUUGUAAAGCGUAGUCAAGAAGAUACUGCAGAUAAUGGCGUCUCUUACGGAAUUGAUGUGUCAGCAUUGGGGCAAGGGAAUGAUCAAUAUGAUGUGGCACAGCAAACAACAGAUACCAAUAUGGAUUUUGAAGGUGAAGAACCUGCAACUCGAGUGCAAUAUGCUUCAGCCUCCAGAAAUACCCACGAGGACUGUUGCAGUGUAAUAAGUAGUGGUUCUUUGAGCCCUGAAAAUAGCAAUACAGAUGACGACGUUUUGGCCAAAGGUAAUGUAGCAAGGGAGGAUCCAUGCUCCACUGAGCAAUCAACACAUCAUACUCAUGUAUCCAACAUUGUUGCUAAUAAUGAGAUGGGGGAGCGGCAAACAAAUGCAGCUUCAACUAAGGAAUCUAGUGCCUCCUUCACUAAUAACAGGGACAUGGCUAUCACAACUCCUCAGGAUAACUCGUCAAUAACAUCGAACAGAGACGACUUUAAUCAAGAUCACGGCUUUUUGGCAUUUGACCGGGACUUAUCUGACUCUCCUAUUUCAAUUGCCUCGACUAUGCCUCCUCCCAUUGCUUUGAAGGACUCGAGCAUUAAAGAGUCGGAACCAGGUCCAUCGACUGUAGAUGUUAGGACUAUUCAGGAGAACAUGUCUGGGAGCUCAAAUAAAGAAACAAAGUCGAUGCCUCUUGCAAGAGAAGGUGAACAUUUGCCCAACGAGAAGCACUAUUGUUGCUCAUGUCAGGCAAGCAUCUCUAGGGAGUCUCAGGCACACCAUGAAACUUCAACAGCCAGAUCAUUGACUUUUACUAAAGAGCAGGUUCCACAAUUGGACAUUGGUUUGCGGGCAUCAUCAUCUUUCAGAUCAUACCAAAGAACCGGCAGGAAGGCAAACCCUUGCUUAGAUUUGCAUGAUCAGCCAUCAGCUAGCAAAGUUUCAACUGAAUCUACCAUGUGCUUCCCAUCUGACACGGCAAAUUAUAUCAGACCAUCAUUACAAACUCCGACUCCUUCACCACCAAGUCCUAUGUUGAGACUGAUGGGCAAGAACUUGAUGGUGAUGAACAGCCAGGAGAGCGGGCAUCCUCAAGCACCAAGUUCAGAGUACGCGCCGAGAGGGAAUUACAUGGCACCUGUUGGUUUCAUGUCUCCAAACUACCAACAUAGUGAUUCUGCAUUUAUAAACAGAACUCCAGCAAUAACGAGUCACCAAAUUCCUAUUCCAAGUGUUCAAGCUGGCAACUUUGUUGGGCCUCCAUUUCACGGUGGUUCCAUGGUGCAAUUUAAUCAUCAAUCUCUGCAGAAACCAUACAGAAAUGUUGCUCCUGUCAUGCACCACCCUGCCUACAUGAUGAAUGAAGUUAUGAUGAUGAAGGACUCUCCUGUAUUCAGAAGUGGGCCUCAAGUCGGUUUGCUUCUUCCCACUGGAACCUAUCCUGCAUCAAUCUCAGUUCCAAACACUACAGCGCCAAGGCCAUUUUACUGCCUUCCAUCGCCAAUCCAGAUUUUGCCAAAAGGGAGUGUUGAUGGAUCUAUGCCUGUAUUCACAAACAUUAACCCAGUCAUUGGUGUUAGCACCGUGAGUCAAAGCAAGCAAGUCAGAUAUAGACAAUCCUUACAUCUCACAUCCUCUCUUGUCCAGUCACCAGAAGGUUACAUAAACCCGCCUGUCUACUAUUUGCAGAAUUUACCGCAACAACUCAGUAACCCAAAUGACCAAUAGAACUCCAUUUGGCAUUUUGGUCAUCACCGCCAAACUGGGGGAAAUGAGAGCUUUGUGAUGGGUCUAAAAUACUGAGAUUAGUGAACCUGUCUAGAUUAUCUGACUCUCAACAGGAUUUUUCACAUAGGUUUGCUUUGUUUGGUUGUCUUUUCAGGUAAGCAUGUUUGUGUUUGAAGUAUUUUGUUACAUUCUGCAAAGUUGCAGUAGAUUAUAUAGUAUGGUAUUGUCCAAUAGUGAUAAAGGAUAUAUUUACUAUUUUUCAAAGAAACUAAUAAUAUUGUACAUUCUAGCAAGUUAUUCUUUUCUUUCUGA